AUGACUUGCAUUCUGCCUGGCCAGGGCAGGCCUCAGAAGGAGAACAUGGACACCCGCUCAGAGCUCUUUUGGUGGACGGGUGCGAGCUUCAAGCCUCUACGGGGGAUGAUGCUGACAAAAGCGGCUCUUUUGUGGGGCAUCCUGCCUGGUGAGGCGGUUCGUGCCCUUCAACCUGGGCGGGUUUGGCACUCUGGGCGGGCAUCGAUCCGGCCCAGCGGCCGCGACGCAGGCCGUCGGCAGGCGGCGCGGAGGAGUCUCCGCUUUGCUUUGGCGAUCUGCGCGGAGGCUCUCAUUCGAGACCAUCGUGACUUGCGUCCUGAACGCACGAGCAGGUGGUUCGUGCCCUUCAACCUGGGCGGGCAUCGAUCCGGCCCGGCGGCCGCGACGCAGGCCGUCGGCAGGCGGCGCGGAGGAGUCUCCGCUUUGAUGCUCGGCGUCGAGUAA